AUGUUUACUGGCCAGUCAUUGGCUCAGUGGUUCGAGCAGUUUCGGAUGGUUAUCGAACGACCAGUGCCACAAGAAGUGAACAUCGUUAAUGAGGAUGAUCGUGAAAGAACCGUAUGGUGGAAAUGUAAGAAAUGGGCCUCCGCUAUUAUUGAACGCAUUUUUGAGAGGUUCCACGACUUUUCCUUUUAUAGGAAUAUUCAGUUUCGAUUAAACUUUAUAAUUUAA